CUGGAGCAGCGCUGCUGCCGCUGCCAGCGGGCGGGACGAGCGGCAACAGCCUCACACGUAGGACGCGCCCCCCCUUGCCCGGCCCGGCCCGGCUCUCCUCUCCGCCCCGCCCCGCUGCGCCGGCCGGGGCAAGGCAGCGGCUGGCGUGCUCUGGCGGCUCUGAGGCCGGAGACCCGCGGUUCUCUCAGCAGCCAUGCGGCUGCUCACCGCCGCUUCCUGCGCGCUGCAGGCGGCAGCGCUGCUGUUGCUCGCCCGCGGCUCCCGAAAUCAAGAGAUAACCAACUCCAGCAGUACUGCACCCUUAACUACAAUUCCAGGUCAUAAGUUGCAAGGCAAUGACAGUUCAUCCAAUAUUACUGUUUCAUCACCCACACUAUCUGCAGCAACCUCUGCAGUAGGUGUGUCCAACAGUGCUACUCAUCUGACUGGUACCAAUCAGCCCACCAACACCACUGUCACCCUGACAACUCAGCCCACCAAAACCAGCCAGACAGCAAAUUCCACCACAGCUUCAUCAGUCACAUCAUCACAAUUAAAUAUUACAGUGGUGACAACUUCCAAGACUUCUUUCUCUUCUGUAACAGCCCCAUCAAAAUCUGAGGCUGUCAUAACCAAAACCUCCAGAUUUGAUGUGGGCAGUUUUGUGGGUGGCAUUGUGCUGACACUUGGAUCUCUGGUUAUUCUCUACAUUGGCUGCAAAACCUACCACUCCAGAAGAGGCAUUCAGUACAGAACCAUUGAUGAACAUGAUGCCAUCAUUUAAAGAGACUUCAGGGAAGACAGUGUUGGAAACCCAUCCUAUCUCAGCUGUUACAACUUUCCUUUCAUACAGAAGAUCACAGCUUCUAAACCUGUCUUGGGUGUUAUCCUGCAAAAUGUUUAGGAGCUCUUUAAACAUCCUGGUGUUUUUUUUAUUUGCAUUGGCUUUCAUAGUAAGAAGAGGAACUUGGCACUUUGUAGAGACAGUAAUUUUAAAGUACACAAAUCUCUGGAAUAGAGCACAGUGGAUAACAUCAUUGCAAUUCUAAGUUCAGUUAUUUCUCAAAUUGUGUGAAUCCAACAUGUUCCAUAAUGGAUAUAGUAGGUUAAAUAAGGUACCUUUGUAACCAAGCAUAAAUUUUUGCAAGUAAAAUGUUGUGGGUUUUUUUACUAAUAUUUUGUAUGAAAUUGUAUUUAUUUUGAAGUUUGAUGUGAGCUUUAGUUUACAGAUCUUGGGUUUUGAACAAUUCAAUUAGUUAAUUUUUGUUAGGCUAUGAAGGGACUUGGUUUGUUAACUGUAUAGAAGUGAGGAUGAGUACUUUAAACUCCAGCAACCUGCAGAGACUUUCCUUACCAGGCUGUACCAUGAGAGAAGCUGCAGGAAGCCUGGACAGACUGCAGCUACACCUACCAAAACCCUUUUCUCCAAGUGGGUCCUUAUGGACCCUUAGUCUCAAUGGACUGUGUGAUCAGUAGCUUCUUCUUUCUAGCACAUUCUAAUGAAGAUAAAAUAAAACUGGAAAAAAGUAA